AUGUUUGCAAGACUCACCUGCACGAAGACCAAUGAGGUUACAGUAUGGUUUUUACGCGACCAAAACGUUCCAACGAAAAUCAAAAUAAAUUCUGAUUCAGAUAUCGAGAGUUUAAAAGAAGUCAUUUUUGGUGCAACUAAUAAAGGACAAUAUCAGGCGACGUACAAGGCCAAAACAUUGAAACCAUCGGUGAAAGUUCCACAGGAUACAACUGAUGAUAUACCAAUUGUAUUUACUAAAAUUGGUAAUAUACCGCCCCUACUAGAUUUUUCUCAAUCAAACUAUCCUACAAUUCGUACAGCAACUAUACCAAAGAAUCCAAUAACAACAAAUCAAAUAUCAACUCUAUCUCAAAUAAAUCAAAGAAAUGGACAAGAACAGGAAUUAAAUCAACUCAAUCAUCCGGAAGGGAUUUGUAUUGAUAAUGAUAACUCAAUUUAUAUUGCUGAUUUGGGAAAUCAUCGUAUUGUUAAAUGGAAUUGCAAUUCAAAUACUCCUAGUGAAAUCAUUGCAGGUGGAUAUGGGCAAGGAAACCAAACUAAUCAAUUGAGUUAUCCAACAGAUAUAAUUUUUGAUAAAGGAAAUAAUUCUUUUAUUAUUUCCGAUCUUAGAAAUGAACGAGUAAUUCGAUAUUUUGAUCAAAAUCAAACAAAUCCACAAAUUAUUAUUUCAAAUAUCACUUGCCAUGGUCUGACAAUCGAUAACAAUGGAUUUAUAUAUGUUUCUGAUUGGAAGAAGAAUGAAGUAAGACGAUGGAAACAUGGUGAUGAAAGCGGUGAAUUAGUUGCAGGUGGGAAUGGUAAAGGAGAUCAUCUUAAUCAACUCAAUGAACCUACUUAUAUCUUUAUUGAUGAAGAUUAUUCUCUUUAUGUAUCAGAUAAUCAAAAUCAUCGUGUAAUGAAAUGGAAAAAAGAUGCAACAGUAGGAAUUAUUGUUGUGGGUGGAAAUGGUAAAGGAGAUAGCCUCAAACAAUUGAAUAACCCUUACGGGGUGAUUGUUGAUCAUUUGGGUCAGAUCUAUGUGGCAGAUUGGGGGAAUCAUCGAAUAAUACGUCGGCGUCAAGGAAAAGAAGAAGGUGAAAUUGUUGUUGGUGGAAAUGGCCAAGGAAAUCAAUUGAAUGGUCCCACAGGCUUAUCAUUUGAUAAUGAAGAAAGUCUUUAUGUUGUUGAUAGUUUAAAUCAUCGAAUCCGAAAAUAUUUUAGAAUUUAA